AGAGGAUUCAUUGAGAGAACAUUCAAACGGAAAUCUUCAAGAGAGGUAGAGCGACCAAAAGUAGCAGUCUCAGAACGUCGGCGACGACAAGUGAGACGUCGUUUUCUUGGGCAUCUUCAGCGACGAACACCAACGACACAACUUCAAGAACUACAUCUAUUACAUCUACUCCUCCCUACUCCAAAAAUAACAACUUGUUGAACGAACAAUCAAACCAAUUUUGUGGAACGAACUCAAAAACUUCUCUCAACUUCUUCUAUAUCAACAAACAACUUCGCCUAUCAAAACAUCUGAACUUUUAACCUUGUCCGAUAAAUAUUAUGGGUGAUCCAGUGGAGGCCUUUCCCAAUCUUUGCAGUCCGGAAAGACCGGAUUCAACGGGAAGUGGUAUUAUUCAUCAUUGACAUUGAC